GUGCAAUUUACGUUGGCGCUGGCCACGUCGCGCUGGCACUCGUAAUAGUGGCAUCAGUGGCUGUGUACCGAUAAUUUGUGUCCCUUAUUUUCCGCUUUUCUUGCAAUUUCAAGUCCAAAAAAAGCAAUAAAACAAUCGCCAUGGUAUUAGUGACGAUGAUAGCUCGGUUGGCGGACGGCCUACCGCUAGCUGCCUCGAUGCAGGAGGAUGAACAGUCUGGCCGUAGUUUCAUGGAAUAUCAGAACCAGGCCAAGAUGCUCUUCAAAAAACUCAACCAGCAGUCACCAACGAAAUGCAGCAUAGAAAGUGGGCCCAUGGUGUUUCAUUACCUUAUCGAGGUUGGCGUUGUCUACCUGGUGCUGUGUGAGAAGCAGUACGCCAAGCGGUUAGCCUUUGCCUACCUGGAGGAGCUACAGCAGGAAUUCUACUCACAGUACAGUAAGAAGGUUAGCACAGUCACCAGACCGUACUCCUUUAUUGAAUUUGACACAUACAUCCAGAAGCUGAAGAAAUCCUACACAGACACCAGGGCCCGACGGAACAUCAGCCACAUCAACACAGAGCUGCAAGAUGUGCAAAGGAUUAUGGUCCAGAAUAUUGAUGACGUCAUGCAGAGAGGGGUGGCACUGUCAGAUUUGGACAACAAAGCCAGCAACCUGUCCUCGUUGUCCAAGAAGUACAAACAGGACGCCAAGUACCUAAACCUGAGAUCAAGAAAUGCCAAGAUUGCCGCCGUCAUCACGUUACUCGUAGUCUUUCUCAUCUACCUUAGAUACUGGUGGUUUUAGGACUAGGCACCACUCUUUUAAUACAUGUAUAUGUGUGUACAUAUCCGACAAUAAGGGCUCUGUUAACUUGAGGCAGUGGGAAGAAAAAUGGCAUCUGUUUCAAAUAAACCCAUAUGUAUUUGUGGGGCAGAAAUGAUGUCAUAAAGUGUCCUUAAGCAACCACUCAUCAAGGAAGAAGGUACCAUUUCACAAUACAAGUGUGCUGCCCAGUGUUUUAGCUGGAAGAGGUCACUUCUGAGCUUUGCUGACAUCUUUGCAUGUACACAUGUAUAUCCUAAUGUUCACCUGUUCAUCAUUGCUUAAGCAUCCAUUGUCGGGUCUUACAAAUGCAGUGGUUUAUUUGAGCACAGUUCCAAUUUCAAAUCUUGCUCGCCCAAAAAUAGUCAAAAAGUGCAGUCUUUAUGCCAAGUGAAUACCUUCGAGAGCUCAGAUGUUGAAAAUCAUUCCCAAAAUGUGCUGCUGCUGCAAAAAAAACAGCCUCCAGUUGCACAGUGAAAGUCCCGUUGAAAAGAACUGGACCCAGAUAUCAAAACUGUGCCUGCCAAAGCGGAGCCUGGAACUCUCUGAUUCCUACAGUAACUGAAAUUUGGCAAUGUGAAUGAAAAGAUUAGUUUCUUGCAUUUCAAUCCAGAUAGCCUUAUCUCUGUUGGAUUCUGUUGGGUUUGGUUGAAAUCCUAUUAACACAUGCUGCAUGGUUAGGGUCGAGGAACCAGAAACCAGCUUCUGGUUCAAUAGGCUACCGGUAUGGGUUUUGUGGUUCAUAGGGUUCCUUGGGCAGAAUAACUGACAGAAAUUAUAUACGACUACGUUGCUCUUCAGCUUGCAUCAGUGUCUGAAAACAAACUAUUCAUAACGAGGACUUAUACAUCAGUACUGGUGUUCAAGGUGCAGAUCAUUAUCGUUAAUCUAUGUACCACGAUUUUGUUACCCUGUUCAAAACAAAAGUAGAUACUGUCUCUGCGUUAUGGAAUUAAAACUGUUUUGGAGAACUAGCCAUCAGACUUCACGCUAAAUAGCUUAACUAAGCUGUGGAUCACAGAAUUUAUCAUUAACUUUUGUUUUUUCUACUUUUGACAAGGUAUUGGCCAAGUUAUUUUCUCUCAUUUAGAAAUCUCACUCUGAGUUCUGCCGGUUUUGUACAAAAUCUCACAAGUCUCAGACAUCACAAAUUAUUUCAUUCUAAUUAUUUCUUUAUGAAUCUUCAAUUUUUCAUAUUUUGGGUCACUUUGUGUCAGUGCUGCCUAUGAUCAUUGUAUAAUACUAAUUUAACGCAUUAGGUACCACACGUUUUCUGUGUCCUCCAGUGUCAUUGGCAAUGUUCCAGGUGUGAUGGUGGAGUGAGCAGUGUGAAUGGAAACUAAACAUUCCAGGGAGGGGCAUCGUAGUUUGCCCACCACGAUAGUACAGAGCAUGGUUGAAGUUCAUUUAAAUCUUGUCAUUCUCAUCUGGAAAAUCUGCACCCUAUGCAAAACCCAAAGAUUGCUACAGCUCCAAUAUACAACAAAACUGCAGAGUUACAUCACUGUGCUUAGUAACUAAGAACUCUAGUCCUGCAUUGCAUGACUUGUAUGCCGAAUAUUUAUUGCAACUCAGAGAAAAAAAUGGCAUUAAAAGACUCCAUCAUAUUUAACA